UCUUGCCUCAGAAUCGGUCCUUCUACUGACAACAUGGCGAGUGUCCGUGCCGCGUCCCGUCUCCUUUCCAAGAGGGUGCUAUCUAAAACAAAAGCAGUCCCUGCUGCUGCAGUUCAAGGCUCCAGGAACUUUCACUUCUCCAUCUAUGGCAAGAAAAGUGCCAAAGUAUCAGAUGAUAUCUCUACUCAGUACCCGGUUGUGGAUCAUGAGUUUGAUGCUGUGGUGGUAGGGGCUGGAGGGGCUGGACUUAGGGCAGCCUUUGGCCUGUCAGAGGCUGGUUUCAACACUGCUUGCGUCACCAAGCUCUUCCCCACCAGGUCUCACACUGUCGCUGCACAGGGUGGGAUCAAUGCAGCUCUGGGCAAUAUGGAGGAGGAUGACUGGAGGUGGCACUUCUACGACACAGUAAAGGGAUCUGAUUGGCUGGGAGACCAGGAUGCUAUUCACUACAUGACAGAGCAGGCUCCUGCAGCUGUAGUGGAGCUGGAGAACUUUGGCAUGCCGUUCAGCCGCACCGAAGAUGGGAAGAUCUACCAGAGGGCCUUUGGAGGUCAGAGUCUCAAGUAUGGAAAAGGAGGCCAGGCUCACCGCUGCUGCUGUGUAGCAGACAGAACAGGACAUUCUCUACUGCAUACACUUUAUGGACGGUCGCUUCGUUAUGACACCAGCUACUUUGUGGAGUACUUUGCCCUGGACCUGCUGAUGGAAAAUGGAGAGUGUAAAGGAGUAAUUGCUCUCUGCAUGGAGGACGGAUCUAUUCACCGCUUCAGAGCCAAGAAUACUGUCAUUGCUACUGGGGGUUAUGGAAGAACCUAUUUCAGCUGCACAUCUGCCCACACUAGUACAGGAGAUGGAAAUGCAAUGGUGACCAGAGCUGGACUGCCCUGCCAGGAUUUGGAGUUUGUACAGUUCCAUCCCACCGGGAUCUAUGGAGCUGGUUGCCUGAUCACAGAGGGUUGCCGUGGUGAGGGCGGUAUCCUCAUCAACAGUGAGGGAGAGCGCUUCAUGGAGCGCUACGCACCCAACGCCAAGGACCUGGCUUCCAGAGAUGUGGUGUCUCGCUCCAUGACCAUAGAGAUCAGAGAGGGCAGAGGUGUCGGUCCAGAGAAGGACCACGUGUACCUGCAGCUUCACCACCUGCCUCCUCAGCAGCUGGCCACAAGGCUGCCCGGUAUCUCAGAGACGGCCAUGAUCUUUGCUGGAGUCGACGUCACAAAAGAGCCCAUCCCUGUCCUGCCCACUGUUCAUUAUAAUAUGGGUGGAGUACCCACAAACUACAAGGGACAGGUGAUUACUCAUAGCAACGGACAGGACAAGGUGGUUCCUGGACUGUAUGCCUGUGGUGAGGCGGCCUGUGCCAGCGUCCACGGUGCUAACCGACUGGGUGCCAACUCCCUGCUGGAUCUGGUGGUGUUCGGCAGAGCCUGCGCCCUCACCAUCGCAGAGGAAAACAAACCUGGAGAGAAACUGUCGCCUCUGCAGCCCAGUGCAGGAGAGGAGUCUGUGGCCAACCUCGACAAGCUGAGGUUUGCCAAUGGAAGCCUGAGAACCUCUGAGAUCAGGCUCAACAUGCAGAAGACCAUGCAGGCUCAUGCUGCAGUGUUCCGUACCGGCUCUGUCCUGAAGGAAGGCUGUGACAAGAUGGAUGCUGUUUACCAGACCCUGGAUGAUGUCAAGACUUUCGACAGAGGCAUUGUGUGGAACACAGACCUGGUGGAAACAUUGGAGCUGCAGAAUCUGAUGCUGAACGCCGUCCAGACCAUCCACUCUGCUGAGCAGAGAAAGGAGAGCAGGGGAGCUCACGCCAGAGAGGACUUCAAGGACCGUGUUGAUGAGUAUGACUACUCGAAGCCCCUGCAGGGUCAAGAGAAGAAGCCAUUUGAACAGCACUGGAGGAAACACACUAUGUCCUACGUCGAUCCCAAGACUGGCAAGGUAACCCUGGAGUACCGCCCCGUUAUUGACAGCUCUCUGGAUGAGCAGGACUGCGCUCAUGUCCCUCCCGCCAUCCGCUCUUACUAAGAAGAUCUCCUCUCCUCUCCUCCCCCUGUCCCCGUCCCUUCCCCUCUCAUCUCACAUCCAUCUUACUCGAUUAAUGAAUUCUCAUUUAACUAUUUAAGAAGAUACAUUUUCUUUCUGUAAUCGAGAUGGCAUUUUUGGACAAAUUAUUAUGCUUUUGGUUGCACAGUUGUAUCCUUUUAGAAUAGUAAAUACAAUACUGUCUUGUCAACUUCAUCCCUUCGUGUCAUGUUCCUGCUCCUCUCCUUUUUGUUUUGAUUUAAUCUGUGUGCAGCAGAUAACUUCAACAUGGUUGUGUGACCUCUCACACUGCGUGAGCUGGUUUUGUAAAUAUCAUAAGACAAGUGAAUUACUAUGGAUUUUUCAGCCUCCAGCUGAGGAACAAAAACAAUGGAGAAUAGUUAAUGUGUUGCACCACUCGAGCUUGGCUUUUUGUGUGGACACCAUGCUUUCAUUUCCUAGUCUUGCAUUGCAUUUAAUGCUUCUUGAAUCAGAACUUCUCUCCUUUGGCUUUCUGAAGUGAAGAGAUUGUGGAAAUGAUUGUAAUGUAAAAUGCACCCAUCACCAUCAAGCCUCCAGAGAGAAGUUUUAACUAUGUAAAUAUUGCAUAAAUGUACAAUAAACAUGGCAACAUAUACUGUAUGUACUUGUUAAAGUAUAAGGUAGUCUUUUCUCAUUCACUACGGCCUUCAGUUUUGAAUAGUUGUUACUUCUUGUGAUACUUCAUGUGUGUGGUUUAAAUGAUAAAAUACAUAUAUCUCCUGUUGAGUAGAUUAAAAAGUUGAUCGACUUAAUCAACCUUAAGCUUAUCUAUAGUUCUUUACUAUAAAUGUUAACCAAAUGAAGCAGCUUGAAUCUAUUUAUCAACUGUUGGAACAAUGACUUCUUUCUACAAUUUGCUGUUGUUGUUUUCUCUGAGGAUAAAUUCCAGUAAGGGUCAUUGAAGUGCACAGAGCUGUUGGGCUUGUUAGGUUGCAGGAGAAAAAUCCUCCUCCAGAAGUUAUGAAUUCUGAGCCCAAACAUCAAUGCCAGCUCUUAAGUGGUGCGAGGGAAGCAGCGAUACGAGUGGUUUCAUUUGAAAGAAAAUUGCGUGUGAUUGAGAAUUAAUGGCCGAUUCACACUAACUGGAAUUUACCACAUUGCCUGCAACUCCACAAAUAACUUUGACAUUUAGACUGAGAGAUUCGCUCAGUGUCGUCACUUGAAGUUUUGAAUAAAUUCACAUGCCGUGCUUCUUGUGCUGAAUUGUUGAAACGGUGACUUAAUUUAUUUGCCUGUUUUAAAAGAAAAAAGUUUGAGUUCAUUUUCUUCUGGUUUUGCCAUUUGUACUUAUUUUCACAUGUUCAAUAAAGUGUAGACUAUGCAUAGAAACAAAA